AGACAUGCAAACCCUGAAUAUUACUAGAUUUUCCACAAAAAAAUAACCCUGUAGAUUAUUUUUAUCCUUUACCCUACCUAAUAUAAGCUCUUACAGUCAGUUAUACAGUCUUUACUUCACAUAAAUCAGCUAAAAACGCCUCAAAUCAGCCUCAGCCCAGCUCUGACACUGUGCUAGCCCUGCUAAUGCUAAGAUCCUAACAUAUGGACAUGUAGGAACUAACCACAUGAGCUGCCUGAGACUCUUCCUGAGUGGGCUCAGUAAACAUGGGGAGUGCAGCAGUGAGAAUCAAUACUGGAUGACGUAUGGCAUGUAUGGGCAGGUAAGAUGCAUACCACCACAAACCUAAACUCUGCUCACUGGAAGAGCACACUGGGUGAGCCUGGCUGGCCGUGGAAGAGGAGUGUUUGCAGCAGAUCUUCCUGCAGUUUAAGCCAGCUGCAUUGGCCAGAUGGCAGCAUUUGGAAGGCUGAGGGUUCUGCUCUUACUGCUGGUCCUCCAGUCUGCAGCCAAAUACAAUGCAGAGUCGCCACUUGUCACAAGCCCUUAUGGUGGUAGCUGUCUGGCUAACGUCUACUUCGCCAUUGAUACCUCAGAGAGCGUGGCAAUGGCCAGGUUCCCAUGGGGCAGUCUGGUGAGCAAGCUCAUAGACUUCCUCAGCCUGUUUGUGGAAAGGCUGGAGCAGUCCAGUCAGCUUCCCAGGAAAAUUCAGUGGGCUUACGGAGGCCUUCACUUCUCCAGCCAUGUAGAGGUCUUCAGCCCCAUCGUACAGAACCCCAGUCCAUUCCUGGCCAGAGCCAGGGCCAUUAGGUACAUAGGCAAGGGGACGUUCAUCGACUGUGCCCUGAGGAACGUCACAGAGCAAGUUAGGCUGAGGUCUCCUGUGAGGCCAGUGCUGCAGUAUGCAGUGGUUCUGACUGAUGGGCAUAUGACCGGCAGUCCAUGUGGGGGCGUACAGGAAGCUGCAGAGGCUGCAAAGGCUGCAGGAAUCAAGAUCUUCGUAGUAGCCACCAAUCAGGAGACAGUGGAGGGUGAGCUUAGGCUAAUCGCUAGCUCCCCAGCUGCGAAGUACAGGAAGGACUACCAGGCCUUUCCCAGUGCCCAACAACAGGAGGCUGUCAACAGGAUAACCAGUGCCAUGGUGAAAGAGGCCAAUUUUGUGUGCCAGCAGCCUAUGUGCAUGGAGACAAAGGGCAUAGAAGGACCAAAAGGACAGAAGGGAAUAAAAGGUCUCAAAGGAAGCACAGGUGCUGUUGGAGAUCCUGGACGACCUGGACCUUCAGGGGAUCUUGGGAUUGAGGGUCCAAUAGGUUUGGCGGGACCCAAGGGGGAUCUUGGACUGAAAGGAGAGAAGGGUAGUAUGGGAUCAUCUGGUUUAAAGGGACAGCCUGGUUUAUCAGGAAACAAUGGAAUCGAUGGAGUGAAGGGUAAAGCUGGCAAACUUGGCACUCCUGGAUGUAAAGGAGAUCCAGGCACUCCGGGAAACCCUGGUAUGCCUGGAGAUUUUGGAAUCAGGGGAGUUCAAGGAUUCCCUGGUGAAAAGGGGCUGCCAGGACAGCCAGGCAGACCAGGACCUCAAGGAUCUCGAGGAGACCCAGGAGUAAAGGGCGUACGUGGCUAUAUUGGGAAUCCAGGACUCCCGGGGAAUAAAGGAGAAAAGGGUAAAGCAGGGUCUGAUGGAAGCCCAGGAGAUCCUGGCCCAAGAGGUACUUUUGGGAGACCAGGUACGAGAGGGGAAUCAGGUGGGGCAGGAGAGAAGGGGGAGGUCGGGUCAGCGGGACUGAGAGGAGCACCUGGACCACAGGGAGAUAAAGGUGUAGCAGGCCAGCCAGGUUUCCCUGGAACCCGAGGUUCACCCGGCAGUCUAGGAGAUCCAGGAGCUAAAGGCGCAUCAGGUGACCCUGGAGACUUUGGCUCAAGUGGAGAUAGUGGUGAAUCUGGAGAAAAGGGAGAGCGUGGAAAACCUGGGCGCAGCUUUUCUGGACCUCGGGGCAUUCAGGGAGACAGAGGAGAGCCCGGAUUUCCAGGUCUUCCAGGAUCUAGAGGUUAUUAUGGAGAGAAAGGAGCUCAGGGAGCUAAGGGACCUAAAGGAGGAGCGGGUGAACCAGGGCUUCAGGGGGAACCAGGAGAUCGAGGACCAAGGGGACCACCUGGAAUCCCAGGUCCAUCUGGUAUAUCGGGUAAACCUAGUUUGCCUGAGUGUGAGAUCAUGGGCAUCGUGAGGGAAACGUGUGGAUGCUGUGACUGUGAGAAGAUCUGUCCGCCUCUGGACUUGGUGUUUGUGAUUGACAGUUCGGAGAGCAUCGGCGAGUCCAACUUCAGCCUGGCUAAGAACUUUGUGAUUAGUGUUGCAAGCAGGCUUGGAAAAAUGGCCAAGAACGUUUCUGACCUCUCAGGAUCUCGACUGGGCGUGGUUCAGUACAGUCAUCAAGGAGCCGUGCAGGCCAUCCGGAUGGACGACCGCAGCAUCACCUCGGUCACCUCCUUCAAAGCCAAACUCAAAGGCAUGGAGUGGAUCGCAGGUGGUACCUGGACACCGUCCGCACUGAAGUACACCUACGAGCAGCUUAUACAGCCGGGCAGACGAACAGGCACCAAAGUGGUGGCCAUUGUUAUCACAGACGGCCGAUAUGACCCCAAAGACCUGGCCGAGCUGGAGGCCUUGUGCACUGGAGUGGAAGUGUAUGCCAUUGCCAUAGGCGACAUGUUUAAAAUCGAAGCAGAAAAGCAAGCUCUGAGACAAAUCGCCUGCGACCGCAGCGACAGGGUGAAGCCUCUGAGCAUGUACGCCGAGCUCUCUGCAGAGGACUUCUUAGAGGAGAUAGAGCUGAUCCUCUGCCCAGAGCCAGAGACUGUGUGCCCAGACUUGAAGUGUGCCUCAGCACUGAAUGUGGCCCCCCUGACACGGAGGCCUGUUGACCUGCUCUUCUUUGUGGACGGAUCAUCGAGGACAGGACCCAUAAACUUCAAAAGUGUGUUAGGAUUUAUUGAGAAGCUCGCUGAGGAGAUCCCACUGUCCUCAAAAGAUGACGACAGCAAUGGUGCUCGCUUCGCUGUUCUACAGUUCGCAGGUGACCAGGACCCUGAUGUCUUACUGGACUUUACCUACGACAAAAGGAGAAUAAGUUCUCUCACUUCUGAAGCUAAUUACCGUGGCUCAUCCUCCACACUGGGAAAGGCCAUUGUGUAUGCAGUCAACAAUAUAGUCCCCCGAGGAAUCCGCCCAGAUGCUGAGCUUUCAUUUGUUUUCAUCACUGAUGGGAUGACCAGCAACACAAACUUUGAAGAGGGCCUUUCUGCUAUGAGAGCCGCUAAUGCUGUGAGCAUGGCCAUCGCUGUGGGUCCUGAGGUCAACAACAAACGUCUGUUAAAACUUGUUUUCAACGACAGGGCCCUGAUCCUUUACCUGAAGCGCUACGAGGACUUAUCCAGCUCUGGUGUCAUUAAGCACAUGGCUCUGUGCUUGGGAUAACAUUAAGAGCCUCUGUAUACAGGUGUGGGAAGAUUUUAUAGGUUGGUUUUAUAUUAACAGAUCAGAAAACCCUAGCUCUGGAAAAACAUAAGAGACCACUUUAAAAGGCGAUACAUUUAUUUGAUUUUACCAAAUUGAAAACCUCUGAAAUAUAAUUAAGAAGAAUAUGGAUGAUCACAAGCCAUCAAACCAAGCUGAACUGCUUGAAUUUUUGUACCAGGAGUGGCAAAGUUAUCAAAAAGCAGUGUGCAAGACUGGUGGAGGCGAACAUGCCACGAUGCAUGAAAACUGUGAUUAAAACCAGGGUUAUUCCAUUAAAUAUUGAUUUCUGAACUUUUAAAAUGUUAUAAUUUGAACUGUUUUUUUUUUUUUGCAUUAUUUGAGGUCUGAAAGCUUUACAUCUUUUUUGUUAUUUCAGCCAUUUCUCAUUUUCUGCAAAUACAUGCUCUAAAUGACAAUAUUUUUAUUUGGAAUUUGAGAGAAAUGUUCUUAGUUUAUAGAAUAAAACAUGUUAAUUUUACUUAAACAUUUAAAGCCAAAUCAGAGAAACUGAUUCAGAAACUGAAGUGAUCUCUUUUUUUUCCGGAGCUGUAUAUGUGAUCAUACUAAACAUACUUCUCUUGGAACAAUUAGGGUUGUGCUGCUGAUCAGUCUUCAGGUGGAGAAUUUCUGUGUUACAUUUGUGGCAUCAAUCAAAUAAACAAUAUACCAGCCACAAUAUACAAAGAUUUGGGUCCGAUAACCUGAGCAUGUGAUUGAACUGUUUAUGCUCUAUGGCCUUUUAAUGCCAAUUUAAACAUGAUAAAAUUUAAAGAAAGGUAAAAAAAAUUUAAAGGAAAAAGUUGGACUGUUCCUUUCAUAUGAUCCCGCUUUUCUAAAACCAUUACUUUUCUGCUUACUGUGCACAAUUUAGAGCUAUAGUUCAUACACAAUGUAUAUUUUUAACACUGUAAAUCAGUGUAACUGUAUGCACACUGUAGAUGCUUCAUAAACCUGGACAAUUUCUAAAUAAAACAUUUUUUUUAAACA